AUGGGGCGGGUCAACCACACUAUGGUGACUCAUUUCGUCCUCUUAGGGAUCCCCAACACCGACGGCCUCCAGACCAUCCUCUUUGUCACCUUCUUAGGCUUCUACCUCUGCACUCUGCUGGGCAACCUGCUCAUCUUCUCAGCCAUCCUCGCUGACGCCCGCCUGCACACCCCCAUGUACUUCUUCCUCUGCAACCUCUCUGUGCUGGACAUUGGAAUCUCUUCCAUCAGCAUCCCUAAAUUGCUGGCCAACCUCUGGGCUCAGAGCAGGGUCAUCUCGCUGGGCGGGUGCAUGUCCCAGGUCUUCUUCUGGCACUUCCUGGGCAGCACCGAAUGCCUGCUCUACACUGUCAUGGCCUAUGACCGGUAUGUGGCCAUCUGCCACCCGCUGCGCUAUCUGCUCAUCAUGAACCGGAGGUUGUGUGCCCUCCUGGCCGCCGGCACCUGGAUCACCAGCUCCUUCCAUGCCACCAUCCUCACCAGCCUGACCUUCACGCUGCCCUACUGCGGGUCCAACGUGGUGGACUAUUUCUUCUGUGACAUCUUCCCAGUGGUCAAGCUGGCCUGUGAGGACACGUACGUCAUCGAGACUGUGAGCUUCACCAAUAUUGGAGUGGUGCCCAUGACCUGCUUCCUCCUCAUCCUUGCCUCCUAUGUCAGGAUCAUCUACUCUGUCCUGAAGAUGAACUCAGUCGAAGGGCGGCGCAAAGCAGCCUCCACUUGCACCUCGCAUCUAGUGGUGGUGACACUGUUCUUCGGGCCCUGUGCCCUAGUCUACACGCAGCCCCAGCUGAGCAAAGUGCUGGUGACCCCUGUGCACAUAUUCGGCAACGUGGUCACGCCCAUGCUGAACCCGGCCAUCUACACGCUGAGGAACAAGGAGGUGAAAGCGGCUCUGAGAAAACUGAGAGGGGGUCAAACACUGCUUGAUGCAGUGAGGCAGCUGCAGGAGUAG